UGAAAUUAUCGAUUUUGCUCCACCUCUUCUGUUCCAUCACUAACGCCAUUUUCCCAGAAAUAUUCUUUUUCGGGGAACGCAGCUUAAAGCAUGCCUUUAUUUCACAAUUAUUCCUUGUGGAUACAAAUUUAUUUUCAGGCGUCAGAAACCUCUGCGGCAAUGGCAACUAAUUGGAAUAAUCGAAGCUUGCAGCGAGGAACUGAGGAGAUGGAUAAGUUGCACUGCGACCUGCUGGAGAUUCUAAGGCACAAUCAUUCCGGCAUAAAGCGCGUGCUCCAGAGUAUCCACAACCUGCUGAAGGAGAAUGACGAUGCGCACCUAUUCUUUAGCUCCCAUCGGAUCCUCAAGAUACUUUCCGUGGUGAUCUCUGAAAGCCGAGAAGAAGAAAUCCCUUCAAGCCGUUGUCUAGUGGCCAACGCCAUGGUUUGCGUUCAUCUGAAAUUGCGCAAGAUCCCCGCAGACGAUGGAAAGCUUCUGCUCCAGCAGCUCCUAACCAUUGUGACUUCCACUGAACCCCAGCCAUUUGGGGCCCAAAUCCAUGUGCACCAUUUUGACAACUUUUUGCGUUUCAUGGGAGAAGAUUGCUUCCCCGGACUGUUUGACGCCAUCCAAAGGCUUCUCGAGUCGGAUAAAACCGCAGACCACAAAUCCGCCUGCUUCCUGAUCCGCAAAGUGCAGUCGAUGUGUGAUAUUGAGGGAGAGAGCGGCCAAUCUCUACUAGACGCCUUACAAUGCAGCGGUCAGCAAUUGGCCGCCUAUGUGGACAUAAUGGAAAAUCUGGAGGAGGAGAAGUCUUAUCUGUCUGUGAGCACCAAAUUGUCCCUGCUGGAGCUCAUGUCCAGCGAUCUUGGCGAGCGUUGGUUGGUUUGGCUGCGCAUCUUGUGCCUUAGACUCCUGCAGGACGAGAGAGUCCUGGUGCUCCGCGAGACACUUCGAUAUUUCCUGUCCCACCUAAGCUUGGGCCAAUUGUGUCGCUUCAACCUGCUGCAGGAGCUCCUUCUGGCCACAAACACAAACAAGUUGUUCGACUACGAAGACCCAAACUGUCUUAAAAUGGAGGAAUUAGAGCAGUUUAUGAAAGGAUCCGAUGUGGAACUUCUGCUGGAGGCUCUUGUUACUAUUCCCUGGAAGAGCGUUUUUAUGCUUCAUUGGUUGCUCAGCAUUAAGCUUGAUGAUAUUCGAAUUUCUUCCACGGAUCUGCUCCAAAAGUUGUGCGCUAGUGUUCACGCCCUCGAAAACAUUAAGCUACGUCAGCACGCCAUUCGUAAAUUAAUUCAUACUGUACUCCUUCCCACACUCUGCAACUCCUCUAUGGGGGAAUUUAUGAAGUUUUUGGAGAAUUUGCUUCAGAAAAAUGAUAGGUGUUCCCCCCUUUUUUUUAAAAUGUGGGACAAAAUCGAAGCAUGCACCGACUUCGAGGAGCAUAUUGACCGUUUCAACAAAGAUAGCUUCGAAAUUUACACAGGAUUUCUACAUUCGAAGGAUUUUUUUCUGCUUUUAUAAGGAAGCUACAAUCAGUCCCCAUUCACAAACAUGGUUGGUGGCGACUAGUACUUUUCAUGGAAGAAGUAGACAGCGAAGUCAUGGACUUUUAUCACACUGUUUACAACGUGGACACAUCCUUGAUCCUUGGUGAUUCGAGUCUGGCGAGGAUGCAAAUCCACCUAAUAAAUAAAUUGGAUUGCCAGACAAGCGAGGAGAGGUCAUUUUUAAUGUCGCGAUGUGUGGAUCUAUUCGCCGAGACAAAACUAAAGUCGUGGAGCCAGUUAAAGGAUCUAAACUUAAAGCCAAUGGAACUGUUGAAUAUGGGUACACAACAUACUUUAAGCAAGUUAAUAGAUUUAUUAGGAAAUCACCAAGAAAGAUUAGAAGAUGAGAACGUUGUGCCGACUAUGAUUUCCCAGUGUAGAUAUCAUUAUGAAAGUUUAUCAAUCUUGACAUACGCGACAAACAAUUUGUCGGAGGAGGAGUAUGAGAGAUGCGUUAUUGAUUUUGUGCAAAAGGAGUGCUUUGUUAUGCAUCGAGUGCAUAUAAGAGUGUCAAAAUCGACUAUUCUGAGAAUAAUUCUAGAAGGCAAACCCGCAACAGGAGAUGCACGCAUUGAAGCCGCAUUCGCUUUCCACUUUUUCAAUAAUACAGACAUCAGUCACAGGGUUCGAUGUAUCAGGAUUACCAGCUAACUUGAUUGGAAUUCUAGACUACGCCGUGGAACUUUCGCCAUUUGGAGCCGUAAGCUCUCUUGAUGGGCAUUUAUCCGAAUUAAUAUGUAUUUGGGAGUUUUACAAACAGUAUUUGGCCAAAGAAAAACUUAGUUCACAAGAUGACCCGAUUUUGCAAACAGCGAAUUUGAACAAGAUUGAAACCAAUUAAUACAAAAUCUAUUUUUUUAUACGGAAUCGAGUUUGCGUUCUGAAAAAUACCACUGAAUAAAAGCCAAAAUGGAAUAAUGUACUCACAAAAAGGGAAGACACACCAAUUAAUUCAACGGUUGAUAAAUAAUCAGAGAAUGACUUUGCUGCUACUGUACGAACUCCUUUAGGCAAAGCACUUUCAGUUGUUGCUAGUUUGAUAAAAAAUGUAUUCGAUUGCUACUAAUUUAGUUUGGCACGAACCCUGAUGGACCAAAAGUUUUAAUUCGAAAACAAAAAUCUGUUUAUCUUUAUCCUUAACUUCAAUUCUACACUAUUUAAGUGCUCAACAAUUUAAAAGAAGAGCCAUUUUGGAUAUUUAUAAGAAAAUAGUUUUUAUUGAUAGAAAACAGUCCAAUAAUUAUAAGAUUGUUGCUGCUGAAAGAAUAAUACUCCCAAAUUAUAAAAUUUACCGUUUUUCGUAUUUUAAACUUUAAAAUAAAUAAAAAAAAUCGAGUUAACUAAAGAAUUUUUUUUGUAGUGUUUUAUUUCCUACUAUUUUCGAUAAACUAAACCACUAC